AUGGUCUUGUACCCGAAUUAUGUCACUCUCCACCGUCGCAGCAGGCUUCCACGUUUCCUCCCAUCGGAAGAUGAAGAAGCUAGAAUCGAGCGCUUCCAGCAAUACCUCCGCAUUCAGACCGCCCACCCGAACCCCGACUACGCCGGUGCGGUCUCCUUCCUUUCCACCCAGGCUCGCUCUAUUGGCCUCGAAACCCUAACCAUAGAGUUCAAGCCAGGAAAACCCGUCCUCAUCCUCACCUGGACCGGCUCAGAUCCAUCCCUCCCUUCCCUCCUGCUCAAUUCCCACAUCGAUUCCGUCCCCGCCGACCCCGCGCACUGGAUUCACCCACCUUUCUCCGCCUACCGCGACUCCGAUGGCCGUAUAUUUGCCCGCGGUGCCCAGGAUGACAAAUCCAUCGCAAUCCAGUAUCUCGAGGCCCUCCGCAACCUCAAAGCUCGCGGCUUUUCUCCUCUCCGGUCUAUCCACGUUUCUCUCGUCCCCGAUGAGGAGAUCGGCGGCUCAGAUGGAAAUGAAAAGUUUGUUGCCUCCGAGAAGUUUAGGAUGCUCAAUGUUGGCUUUGUGCUCGAUGAGGGCCAGGCCUCGCUUACGGAUGAAUUCAGAGUCUUCUAUGCCGAUCGCUUACCAUGGUCGCUAAUCGUUAAUGCGGUGGGUGCGCCCGGUCACGGAUCGAAAAUGCAUGAUAGCUCUGCAGUGGAGAAUCUGAUGGAAUGCGUGGAGACUGUUGCUCGAUUCAGGGAAAUCCAGUUUGAUUUAGUCAAGGCUGGUAUCAGGGCCGGUUCCGAGGUCAUCUCGGUGAAUCCUGUGUACCUCAAAGCGGGCACGCCAACUCCUACUGGUUUUGUAAUGAAUUUGCAACCUUCAGAAGCUGAGGCAGGGUUUGAUGUACGCCUUCCACCAACAGAGAGUGUUGACUUUUUAAGAAAAAGGAUAGAGGAAGAGUGGGCCCCAAUUUCAAGAAACAUGACCUACCAGCUAAUACAGAAAGGACCUAACAGGGAUGUUACAGGGCGUCCUUUAGUUACAGCAACCGAUGCAACCAAUCCAUGGUGGUCUGUUUUUACGCAGGCGAUUUCUGCCUCUGGUGGAAAACUUGGAAAGCCCGAGAUUUUAUCGUCAACAACCGAUGCUCGAUUCAUGAGACAGAUUGGCAUUCCGACACUCGGCUUCUCGCCCAUGUCGAAUACUCCAAUCCUACUUCAUGAUCAUAAUGAGUUUUUGAAGGAUACUGUUUUCCUAAAGGGUAUUAAGGUUUAUGAGAAUUUGAUCAGCGACUUGAGCUCAUUUCAUUCCUAAACAUGCUGCAAGUUCAUUUUGGUGAUAAUUAUCAAUCAUUCUGCCACUGGCUUCAUAUUUAAUCAUGAUUAAUCUAGACCUUAGAUUAAAAGCCUCUAAGGAAUGAUUUACAAGUAUUUAUUGUAUAGUUUGGCCAUCUAGAAAAAAGCUGUUAUUGUUGUAAGAUUCAAUUUUCUAGUGCAGCCAUCAUUGUAACUGAUACUUUAGUUGCUGGAGCCGCCAUUUUGAAUCCAGCGAACAGCCACCAUCUUGUCCCAGUUGACUUCGAAGCUGAGGGGCCCCUGUUGUUUGACCCGGCUGUGGGUGGUAGUAUCAGCUCUGUAAGUAAAAUAAUGUGCUUGUAUUUAUGUUAAAAAGUUGAGAUAUUCGUGCAUGAAUUCUAAAUCGACUGUAAUAUGUUACAAGAAUUUACGUACCA